GUGGCUUUUCUACUUUUGUCGCACAGUGAGAGGGAGCUGCUGUGUGAGUCUAAUCAGCCGCUAUUCAGUCCUCGGGUCAGGACCUCCACUGUCUGAUAGCAGGAGUCACAGUGAGGAUUUACACAAGUGUGAGGAUCAAGUCAGACUUGGACUCGUGUGUGUGAAAGUGGAACACCAGCACCGUUUCUCACGGACUAAUCUCCCCAACAAGAGGGCGGGGGUUGGAAUUUGUUUUUUUUUAAGGGGUACCACUCAUUCACACACACACACACACACCCCUCCCCAGCAGCAUCCUGGAGCGGGUCUUGUGGUCAUUUCCACUUUAAACAACAGGUUGAGACACAGUUCAGAAGCAGUGUGUGAAGGCGAGUGAAGCCUAUAUACCAUGCCGAGCAAAAGCCAGCAUCUGCGCCCCCGGCUUUGCACGCUGGAGAAGGGGGAGAACGGCUACGGCUUCCACCUCCACGGGGAGAAAGGCAAGACGGGGCAGUUCAUCCGGUUAGUGGAGCCCGACAGCCCGGCUGAAACCUCGAGGCUCCGCGCCGGAGACCGGCUGGUGUUCGUCAACGGGGAGGACGUGGAGAACGAGAGCCACCAGCAGGUCGUGUCCCGGAUACGAGCCACCGUGGGCCGCCUGGAGCUCGUAGUGGUCGACCCGGACACGGAGCAGCUGCUGAAGAAACACAACAUGAAGUGUCUGAAGGAGUAUGUCACUGACGGUAUCCCGUUACCCUUCGACGAGGAUGAGGAGGAGGAGGAGGAUGAUGAGGAGGAGGUGGUGGUGGUGGUGGAGGACGAGGAGGAUAGGGAGAUGGACGGGACGGUAAACGGGGAUGAGCGGCACGUCAAGGGGGAUGAGGAUGAGGAGAAGCGGGAGGAGACACCCAGGGAGGAGACACCCAGGGAGUCCACGCCGGUCCCGGAGAGUAACGGAGAAAUCCACGUGCACGUUGAGAAAAAGCUGAGCGUCAGCUCUGAGAAGGAGGUGAUGUGCACUGAACUGCGGCCACGUCUCUGUGUGAUCCAGCGAGGGCCGAACGGAUAUGGCUUCAACCUGCACAGCGAGCGGGCGCGUCCGGGCCAGUACAUCAGAGCUGUGGAUGAAGACUCUCCAGCAGAGAGGGCAGGCUUGCUGUCCAAGGACAGGAUAGUACAGGUGAACGGUCUGUCAGUAGAAGGGAAGACACAUUCAGAAGUCGUGGCCAUCAUUAAAGCCGGUGGGAGUGAAGCACGUCUGCUGGUGGUGGACCCUGACACAGACGCCUACUUCAAGAAGUGCAGAGUGGCCCCCACCUCGGACCACCUCACUGGUCCGCUGCCUGAGCCUGUGAUUAACGGAGGAAUGGAGGGGACGGUGAAUGGUAGAGGGGCCAAAGAGGCAGAGAGGGACUCAAAGCUGUCAGUCAGUCCUUCUCCAUCCAAUGCCUCGUCCAACACCUCGCUCACAACCCCGCCCGCUAACACCCCACCUGAGAGUUUCAUCGCAGACGUCAUCCCAGCGCUCAACCUGUCCCUGCAGCAGGUCAAAGAGCGCGCCCACCAGAAACGCUCCAACAAGAGAGCCCCGCCCAUGGACUGGACCAAGAAAAAUGAACUCUUCAGCAACCUAUAGGACACAUCAGCUCACCACACACACACACACACACACACACACACACACACACACAGAUUUUAUAGUGAUUCUUACAAAGAGACAUCAGAAUGAUAUUUUUUAUUGUCAUGACAUUAAAAGAGCAGUUUAACUAACUGGCACCGGACAAAUCAAGCCUGUAAAAUAUAGUAUUCUUCUUAUUAUUACUCUUCAUGUUAUUAUAAAACAGAUAUUAUAUAUGUAUAAUGUGCUACUAACAAAGAAAAAUGCAUAUGCCAAUGAGAGAACUGGACCAUGUUGACAGUGUGUGUGUGUGCGUGUGUGUGUGUGUGUGUGUGUGUGUGUGUGUGUGUGUGUGUGUGUGUGUGUGUGUGUGUGUGUGUGUGUGUGUGUGUGGGACCCUGACAGUCCCUGCUGGCCAGAGUCUGGUGCCUGUGGAAACUAGGAGGAGUUGAUCGUUACGCUCAGUUUAUGGCCGUGCUCCUCCGUCUGCUUAUCGGUCUUCUUUCUACUAACACUGAAAACAUCAUAGUGUCACAUGACAGCAUGAGUUAAACCAAGCUGACAAUCAGUUAAUUAAUAUCUUUAGUUUACCUUUUUAUUAGUUUGUUGGGAUCAAACAUCUGACUGAACAUAAUGUUUUAUUGGCGUAGAGUUCAGUUUACACGUUAAAGUCCUUUCCUCACUGAUGGCUUUAAACUGGAAAGAACUGUGUUUUAAAUAUGGUUCUCUUAUAUAUUGGUAAUGUCUCUCUCAUGUAUAUUUUUUAAUUUCUUUUUACAUAAAUUCCACUCUCUGAAUUGAAAACGAUUUCAGCUUAAUCGUUUCUUGCAACAGUACUAUCCACACUUACAUGAUAUCAUCUUUUAUUAAAUGUGAACUACAGUUUAUUAUGAGUAACUUAUACCGUCCUCACUUUGCUAUCCCGGCCGCUGUGAAUGGCUCACAUAUGGAAUAUUUUUUAUUGAUCCUGGAGAAAUUAGAUUUUUACACAUUUCUAUCAAUGUCUUAAAAACCACAAUUAUGUAACUUUGAGAUGAUGUAUUUAAAAAAAAAUGCCUGUGCUUCACUAGAUUUAUUGCAUUUGUCCACUUUUGAGAAUAGUGAUUUUUCAAAAUGAAUGAUUUAAUGAUAUGAAGAGUUUUGUUGUAGCUUAUGUGUAAGAAGUAAGCAAUUUCUAUACUGUAAUAAAUCGGUCAUCACAACAUCA